UAAACAGGAAGCCGCGCAGCCAGAGACAACAAACUUACAAGCGUUACAUUAUUUUUACAUCAUGUUAUAAUUCCGAAACACAAAGUAAACCUCCGUGUUCCCGUCUGAACCCGCCAGCAGAACACUGAGUCAUGGAUCCGUUGUUGGAAACCCUGAAGAACAGCGACUUGAGCUCGGUGCUGUCGUCGUGCGAGCCGGAGCUGCAGGAGCUCAUGCGGCAGAUCGACAUCAUGAUGGACCAGAGGAAGGGGGAGUGGGAGGCGGAGGUCCGCGGGCUGGAGCAGCGCCUCCAGGCCGGGGAACACGAGCUGCGGUCGGCCAGGCGGCUGGGGGAGCAGAGGGUCGUGGAGAUGGGGUAUCUGCGGCAGCAGCUGGAGGAGGCGCAGGCUGGGAGACUGAGCCUAGCGUCACGCUACGAGGAGCAGCUACAGAAGGUCCACGAGGAGUUAUCCAGGUUGAAGAGAAGCUAUCAGAAGCUCCAGAGGAAACAUCUGAAGGAGGCGAACGAAGGCGCGAAGGGCCGAGAGGAGCUGCCUCUGAAAGACAAGGCCGAGGUGGGGCUGGAGGACAGAGCAGAGGUCCCGGGCCUCCAGAGGGAGGUGAGCAGGCUGCAGCAGGCCCUGAAGGACAAGGAGCACGACACACGGGUGGAAGGGGCCACCCGGCAGCGGGCGGAGCACUGUAAGGUGGAGGAGGAGCUGAAGAAGCUGCUGAGUCAGGCCAAGGAGGAGAGGGCCGUUGCCGUUAGCGACGCCAGGAAGCUGGGGGAGGAGCUCCAGCGGUCCCGUCUGACCCACGGCGGGGAGCUGGAGGGCGUGAGGAAGGAGGUGUCCCGGCUGGCGGGGGAGCUGCACCGCCGGGACGUCGCCGUGGCAACGCUGGAGGGCUCCGCCUCCGCGGCGGCGCGGCGGCACGGCGCCGAGGCGGGGCGGGCGGAGCGCCGGGAGGCGGAGCUAACGGUUCUCCAGGUGCAGCUGGAGUCCCUGAAGACGGAGAACCAGCGCCUGAGCGGUGUUCUGGAGAGACUGGACCCCUCACCGUCCCCCAAGAGAGGGUCUGCAUGUCGGGGGUCUGACCGGGAGCGGGGGGUGACGUCGCUGAGCAGUCUGGAGCGGGAAAACCAGCAGCUCAGACAGGAAGUGAACCAGAUGAGGUCCCGCCUCCAGGAGAGAACUCCGCCUCCCCCGGCUAAGGGCGGCCAAUCACAGUCCAUGUGGCUCGGCACUGGAGGCGGAGCGGGGAGGGAGGAGGAGGAGGAGGAGGAGGAAGAGGUGCAGGCCAUGAAGGCCAAGCAGCAGGUGACCCCCCCGCCCUACGGGGAGGGGCUCCACAGAGUCCCGGUCCCUCCAGACCUCCUCUCCCCCGGGUCCCAUCAGCCCCACCGCGUCCCUGCUCCUCCCUCCUCCUCCCCCUCCUCCUCCUCCUCCUCCCCCUCCUCAUGGCGGGGGAGGAGGGUGAGGACGGGUCGGGAGGAGGGUGUCGCCGGGGGGAGGUACUCCUCCAGCUCCGAGGAGGUGCUGCUGGACCCCCUGGGGGGCGACGACGAGGAGACUGCGCUGGCGGCGGCGGCGGAGGGCGUGGUCGCCCGCUUCCUGGAGGGCGAGACGCUGCGGUCGGAGGAGCUGCUGCUGCGGCUGGAGACCCACGUCCAGGGGCUGAGGGAGGACCACGCCCGCACCGCCCGCAGGUACCAGCCCGCCCCCACCUCAUCCCGCACCUCCACCCUGACCUCCAGCCCGCCCUGACCUCCACCCUGACAUCCAGCCCGCCCUGACCUCCACCCUGACCUCCACUCUGACCUCCACCCUGACAUCCAGCCCGCCCUGACCUCCACCCGGACCUCCAGCCCGCCCUGACCUCCACCCUGACCUCCACUCUGACCUCCACCCUGACCUCCACCCUGACCUCCACCCUGACCUCCAGCCCGCCCUGACCUCCACCCUGACCUCCACCCUGACCUCCACUCUGACCUCCAGCCCGCCCUGACCUCCACCCUGACCUCCACCCUGACCUCCACCCUGACCUCCAAACUGACCUCCACUCUGACCUCCAGCCCGCCCUGACCUCCACCCUGACCUCCAAACUGACCUCCACCCGGACCUCCAGCCCGCCCUGACCUCCACCCUGACCUCCACCCUGACCUCCACUCUGACCUCCACCCUGACCUCCACCCUGACCCGAGGUACCAGCCCGCCCUGACCUCCACCCUGACCUCCACCCUGACCUCCAGCCCGCCCUGACCUCCAGCCUGACCUCCACCCUGACCCCCAGCGGUCAGAGGUCACCCGGUCAGACCCCAGGGGGUGGAGCAGACUCGGUCAUCAGUGAUCCCAGAGAGACUCUGGGGAGCCAGACGAUCACCAACCAUGGGCCUGAUUCACCAAGCAGCCAUCUUGUUUCUAAACUGAAUGUGGAUCCAAGAUGGCCUCAGAGGUGAAUAAGGCCCAUAAAGAGUCUGUUGGGGGCGGUGAACUGAUCAGUGUGGCGGUGGCAGAGGAAGACGAGUUCCCUGGUUGCUACAGACUGACGAGUGAUGUCACAGCCCGGCCGGAGUGACGGCCGUCCUUCAUUAUCUCACGCCGCCAACUCGGACUCAAACUGAACCUGUAAUGAACCACAGCUUGGUUACUGCUGUUACCAUGCCGAUGAGAGCUGCUAUAUAGUGGUGAUAUCCGCUCUGGUGACGAGAGCUCCGUAACCAUGGUGACGAGAGCUCCGUCAACAUGGCGGUAUCUGCUCCGUCACCCUCGGUGAUCGGAGCCGAGUUACGUGCCGACGUAGCGAACGUUGGAGGCCAUGCGUUGGCGGUCCAGACGGUUUGGUCUGUGGGGGGUCUCUGGGGUCCUGGAGGGGGUCCUGCCCCCCCCAGACAGACAGACCCCCGGCAGACCCCCUGCUCUCGGACCACAGCGCUCCAAUGGAGGGAAUAUCAGACCCCCCCUGUCUGUCUCCCAGCGGGACAACGCUCCAGGAUGUAUCAACCACGGGAUGAACUCCAGGAAUACUGGGGGGGGGGGGAAUAUCAUCAUUGUGUUUUUAUACUUUUGAACACCGUUUAAUGUCAGGAUGUCCAAUAAAGAUGUUCCCUAGUGACAUUUUGUCUCUUUUGAAAUGUGUUUCUCUCAUUUUUCUCUUUUAGUUACGCUCUCUCCUUGUCGUUUGUUUAUCAUCAUCCUCAAAAAA